AGCAAGCGCAGCGCAGCGCAAAAAGACUUUGCAGACGACCCUCACCAUAUAAACGGCCAACGACAGGUGUGAGAUCGUACAUAAGGAUCGCGGAAGCCACCUCAAGCUUCAGCGCGGACGCCGAGGGCCCUGGCCGACAGCCCGGAAAGACUUGGCCCAGGAACACGCGUAGCGCAUAGCCGCCGUAGAGCCGCCGCCGCGCGUCAGCGUCAACGCCGCCGCGCCGCCAGUACGCACCAUGGCCAACAACCCGAACACGGACCCCUGGAGCUGGUACACCGAAAUACCAGUGGUGUCGAGAAUGUACCUCACGGCGAGCGUCGCGACGACUGCGGCCUGCGCUUUAGAUCUCGUGUCGCCCUUCUCACUCUACUACAAUUAUAGUUUAAUAUACCACGAGGGCCAGGUGUGGCGCUUAGCGACGAAUUUCCUAUUCUUUGGGAUGUUUUCACUAGAUUUUCUAUUUCACAUGUACUUUUUGUGCCGAUACUGUCGACUCCUGGAAGAGGGCGAGUUUCGGGGACGAACAGGCGACUUCAUCGUCAUGCUCGCGUUCGGGGCGAGCUGCAUGGUGCUGCUCGCGCCCUGGAUCUCGGUGCAUUUCCUCGGGUCUUCGCUCGCGUUCAUGAUGGUUUAUGUGUGGGGGAGAAGGAACGAAGGGGUCCGGAUGUCCUUUCUGGGCCUGUUCCCCUUCACGGCGCCGUACCUGGCGUGGGUGCUGUUGGCGUUCUCGAUGGUGAUGGGCAACCCGCCCACGACGGACGUCGUCGGCAUCUGUGUCGGGCAUUCUUAUUAUUGGCUGGAGUACGUCUACCCGAAGCUGGCGGAGAUCCGGGGGUUCCGGUGGAAGCGGCCGCUGGCCGUGCCGUCUCUGUUCACGCGGCCGUGGUUUAGGAGAAGAGUGGCUGUGCCAGAGAAUCUUUCGGAGCUGCACGCGCAUCAAGACUAAAAUGUACUAUGAAUUA